UACUUACAUGAUGUGGUAUAUUAAUCUUAAUAAAUUAUGAAUAACUAAUUCUAAAAAAAUAUUUCCAAAUGCAUCAAGCUUUUACCCAGCCGGCACAGAUAAAUAAAUGAAAAAUUGCAUGGCGAUCAACUAAACAACCGCUUCUUUUGUGGCCCCACCACCAUAAGCCACACUUCUUGUCCAAUUCGUAUAUCAGAAAUGCAGUCUAUCGAAGGUAGCUGUUUGGCUUACAAGUCUUUCUUUGAUUUCAUAAAUAUUUAAUGAGCUAAUAAAAAAAAAAUGUGAUUAAAAAAACAUGGAUCAGUUUUGAAUAUUAGUGAUUUGAGUUACAGAGCAAAUAUUUUAUUGAAAAUGAGGCUAUCAAGAUUUUCGUUCUUCCUUAUCUCGAUUUAUCUACAUCGGGUAGUAAAUUCACCCAUUAAUAACAAAGAGGACGUCGUCAUCAUUCCAAACCUCCAGACUAUCCAACAAAAUUCUCUUGUGAUUCCCCAUAGAGAGCAACAGAAGAUCGCUUUAUUAAACAAACCGUCAACGAGAAAACAGAAGAAUCACAAUUUACUACCAGUGACACAUCAACUUUUGGUACCAAAUCAACUUCACGUAAUACCUAUUCACACUAACUUCCAUCACGAUGGAAUACAUACAGGCAUUAACGUCGUAAGGAAUGAAAAUAUUAAUUUACCGAUCGUCUCACAUUCUAUAUCACACGCUACUUCCAACGUCACGCAUCGAUCUCCAGUUUACUUAAUACCAAUCCAUCACACCCAUUUGGUACCGCUGCACGAUUUGACUGUAAUUCCUUUGCAAAGAGAAAUACACACGGUGGAAACAAAAUUUGCUCAUUAUAGAACUUCGAUGGAGAGAAAAGACAAUAGCAACGAAGAACCAGUUAACAAAUACAGAUCUUUUUAUGGUGGUUACGGGAACGGACUCUUUUUCGGAGGUCAUGGAGCCGGUCACGGAUUUUACGCUUAUGGUUAAAAUUAAUCAAAUUUAUUUAUUCAAUUAAGAAAAAUCUCAGAACAGUAAGGUGUGUGUUAAUAGUAAUUUAACAGACUUUUUAUAGUUCGGAUUACUACAUGGAAGUUUUAUAUUUAAAAUAUCAAUAAUAUAAAUAUGUGCUCAAAAUAAUGUUGAUAUUUUAUUUUUAUCAAAACUAUUUAGAUUAUUUAAUCAUUUUCUACUUUUAAUCUUUGA